AUGGCAAAUCCAAAGAAGUCCAAGUCAUCCCGUUCUCGCAGUACUUCGCGUGCCCGUUCUACAUCUCGCGCAAGAGCUUCAUCCAAGACCAGAGGAGCCACAAAAUCAUCUGGACGAAAAUCGGCGUCUGCAGUUUCAAGAUCUAAAUCUCCAAUUAAGCCUACUACGCCAAGUAAGAAGACUCCUGUCAAAAAAACGAAAGAUGAUAGCAGCCAGAAAUCAAGUAGUCCUGCUCGUCGGCGUAGCACAAGGUCGUCAGUUCGGGUGAUUGAAAAAAUUGAAACUUACUCCCCAAAACAUGAACGUUCUUCAAUUCAUGAAGUUGCACCGCCAUCUAGGUCGAGCUCUUACCUAAGCAGCGUCGUUAGACUUCCAGGAAGAAUCGUUCGUUCUGUGUUUUCUAGUGGAACUAUCUGCUUUGUUGCCGCAUUUCUCAUUCCUCUCUUUGUCUAUUGGUGUAUUUUUCUCGCUCUGUCUCCGAUAAGUGAGAAAAGCUUUACCAAAACUACUUCUCAAUUCGGAAAAUCGUUAGCAUUUGUGAGUGCAGCUUUACCCUGCGAUCCAAAAUAUGUUAAUUUUCCUGUGCUUCUCGGUGUGGCAGCUUUUACACGUCUAACUAUUCUAUUGCAUGCCAUUAUUCCACUGGGGAAAACUACUACUAUAAUUGCCGACGGCCAACGUUUACAUCAUAAAUCUAAUGGUAUCGUGGUUGUUUUAGUUUAUGUUGUCUCCUUGGCCCUUUACCAUUGUAAAAUUGCCGACUUAGUCGAUGGGGCUCGUUUAGAAGUUCUACCGAAUUACCUUCCAACAAUAUUUUUGGCUGCUGUUUGUGAAGCUUUUGCGUACACAGUUCACGUAUUCCUGAAUGAAUACUUUUAUCGGUCUAAUUCUCUUACUGUGCAUUCUAGGUGCUUUUUUGUCGACUUCUACACUGGACGUGAAACUCGACCAACACCUUUUGGAGUCGACAUUAAAGUUCUUUCACAGUACAUUUGUUUCAUCGGAGGUUUUGUUCUUCAAGUUUCAUUCGCUCUUCGUCAAUAUGGCGAACAUGCUUCACUUAGUCUUGGAUUAAUGAUUCUUAUUCUCCUCCACUGCAUUGCUCUUAUUGAUUUCUUCAUUUAUGAGCCCACGUCUUUACAUCGGCAUGAUGUUCUCCGUUAUGGUUGUGGUUUAAGAUGGUUCCAGAGCAAGUUCAUUAUCCGUCCUCUUUUGGGAAGCCUUGGCGUUUUUUAUCUGGCUCAGAACUACCAUGUCGCUUAUCCCUCACUGGAUCCUUUGCCCGACUAUACUCUUCCUGCUCUAGGUUCACUUUUCUUUAUUCUUGGUCUUUUUAUCCGUCGUAGGGCUAUUAACCAAAGGUUUGUAUUCCGUUGUGAUUCACAGCAUCCAAGUCUUGAGGGUGUAAGCACAUUUAGAGCAGAGUCUGGAAAACGAAUUCUUUCUGGUGGUUGGUGGGGCUUUGUUCGUCAUCCGGAUUACCUUGGUGAAGUUCUGCUCACUGUGGGUCUUGCUUUACCAACAGGUUUCAGUAGUUUUGCUCCUUGGAUUGUUCCAGUAUUUGUAUUUUUGGACGUCAUCUUGCGCAUUCGUUGGGAUGAGCAAGUGUGUUCGGAGAAGUACGAUUCGGCAUGGAAAAAGUAUACUGCUGCCGUUCCCUGUCGUCUUAUUCGCGGGGUAUAUUAG